CUUUUGUAUACAGGGAGAGCUUAGAUAGGCGGCCUUGAAAAUCAAAUCAAAACAAAGGACAAAGAAGAACCAUGAAUUCCAAGGGACCCAUAUACCUCCAACUUAGGAGACUAGUAGAGAGCGUGCAAAGCCAUGAACGGUAGUUGAGGGAGAGAGAGGGAGAGAGGAAACAACACCAAAAAUCUUACAACCAUAUUCACUCAUCCCAACCACACAGCCCCUUUGUCGAGCAAGAUUGAACGGCUCCCAUCGCCUGACCAGACAUGUCGGGCUUUCUCAGAAAAGAAUUCGUGGAGGAAUUUGCAAUCGUGGCGGGCCUCAUAACUAUGCAAGUCAUCUACGCAGCGACCGGAGUGUUCAUGAGCCGCCUUCUCUCCAUUGGCCUCAGUCCUCUCUUCCUUAUUAUCUAUGGCAGCUUGGCCACCUCCUUCAUCCUAUCUCCUUGGGCAGUCUACUUCGAAAAGAGUAAGUGGCCCAGUGAGUUCAAUCCUAAGCUGUUGAUUCAGUUUGUAUUAAUUGCGUUUGGAGGAGUGACAGCAUUCCCAGCACUUAUGUUAAUGGGAAUAAAGGAAACCUCUCCAGCAAUUGCUUCUGCCAUGCCAAACCUUGCUCCAGGUCUCAUCUUUGUCAUUGCUUGGUGUCUAAGGCUGGAAAAAGUAGACCUAAAAUGCAAAUACAGUAGAGCAAAGAUCACGGGGACAUUGGUGUGCCUUGCUGGGGCGCUAUCUAUUAGCUUCUUGCAAGGCCCAUCAAUCUCAUCAGCACCCGCCGCUCAUCAUGGGUCCCAAUUCCUAAAUAGCCUCUCCAAUGAGGCCACUGAGAAGAACAGGAUCAUGGGCUGCAUGUAUCUCCUAGCAGCAGUAGUGGCAGUAUCAUGUACAAUGGUCUUGCAGGCUUCGACGUUGGCCGAAUUCCCUGCACCAUUAACUCUAUGCUCUGUAACAUCUUUGAUUGGCACUUUUCUAACCGGUGUUUUGCAAUUCAUCCAAGAAGGGAAAAUAGAGAUUGGUACACCUUUAUUGACCGUUGGAACUCUUGUGGGCCUCUCUGCACUGGGUGGAAGUUGGAGUGGUCUAUGCAUUGCGUUUCAAGCAUGGUCAGUGAGGAAGAGAGGGCCUGUCCUGGUUUCUGCUUUCAGCCCCAUUGGAACCGUUUGCACCGCCAUUCUCUCUGCCCUAACCCUUGGCGAGGCCAUCACUGUAGGAAGUAUCAUUGGAAUGUUGCUAAUGUUUGGUGGACUCUAUUUGGUGUUGUGGGCAAAAAAGAAAGAAGGGUACAACUUCAUGGAAGAUGAGUCAGAAAUUCAUGACACCAAGAAGCCUCUUUUGAGUUAAUCUACUUCUUUAAUGUGAUUAGCUCAUGCAAUUUGUAUAAUACAUGUCAUUUUAACUUUUAAGUUCUGGUUAGCAGAUAGCAAUUUUCAAAAAAUUUCACUUUGUAAUUAAAUCAUAGUAAUGUUUAAAUCAUGCUUGGGCCGAGCCUUCAUAGAAAUAUAGGGAGUGGCCCAUUUUAUCA